GUAGCGGGGCGGCCAUGUUACUUCAUAGGCAAGUAGAGACUUGUUCUCCCGCCUUUGUAAGAUGGAGGCGAAGAAGAUUUGGCGAAGGGGCUGAAAGGUUGCCAGUUUUUGGUUUGCAGACGGAGUUGUUGGGUGCCAUGGAGUAACCUCGGGGGUUGUACUAUAGACAGCUGCUUCACUGCCACAAUGACAACUUCUACCUCGACACAACAUAUGCCAUCUGAGAAUGCCUACAGAAUAUCCUUUGGGCAAAUGAAACAGGUACAUCCAAAACUGCCGCUGCUGAAGAUUUUGCAGGUUGCAGGUGCUCAGGGUGAAACAUUCACACCAAAGGAGAUCCUACGUUACCUUGGAGAAUAUAUAAUGCUGAAGCAGUUAUAUGACAAACAGCAGCAACAUAUUGUAUAUUGUGGAGGAGACCAGCUGGGGGAUCUUCUUGGUCUUGAAAGCUUCUCAGUGAAAGAUCCAAGCCCCAUUUAUGACAUGCUGAAACGGAAUGUGAUUUCUGCUACUGUUACAGAUGCCGCACAGACUCAUUCUCUCGCAAAGGAUCAAAGCGUGAAUAAUCCAAGCCAAGAUCACCUGAAGCAGAGUAUCGCAGAGGGGGCCUGCAGUGCUGAGCAAAAAGAGGACUCAUCGGCCAUGUCAUUCUCUAAAGAUUCAUGCGAAGGAAAUAAAGAUAACAUUGCAAAAAACCAGUCCACGUUGGAUCUGGUGCUUGAAGAAUGGGAUAUAGCUGGUCUUCCGUGGUGGUUUUUAGGUAAUCUGAGAAACAAUUACAAGUCAAGAAGUAAUGGCUCAACAGAUAUACAGACUAAUCAGGAUAUAGACACUGCUGUUGUUUCAGAUACUACUGAUGAUUUGUGGUUUCUCAGUGAAUCUGCUUCAGAUCAGAUAGUUGACUGUGAACAAGCUAAUGAAGAUGGAAAAGAGGGUUGCAAACUGGGAAGUGAAAUUGCAUCUUCUGAGGACUUUGAAGAUUCACAUUCUUUAAGUGAUGACACAGACAUAGAUGCUCCCUUCAAAGACUGUUGGCAGUGUACCAAAUGCAAGAAGUUUAACUCUCCCAUCAAACGGUACUGUUUCCGUUGCUGGGCUUUACGGAAAGAUUGGUUCUCUGACUGCCCCAAGGUGGCUCGCUCUCUCUCCACACCCAGUAUUGCCGUAAUGCAAAGUAAAGAAGACGUCGAAGGGAUGGAUGUCCCAGACUGCCGAAGGACGGUCUCUGCUCCAAUUGUACGACCCAAAGAUCUGUACGGAGCAGAAGCUAAACCUAACCAAUGCCCUAGAAGCCCCAUGGACUCCAUACAUCUAGCACAACAAGGAUGUGAAGGCAAGCAGGGUUUGCUUCAGUUUAACACACUAAAGGAAGAAGAGGAACUCCAGUCCCUUGAGAGUAGCCAAGAAUUGCUGAAGCCUUGCCUAGUGUGCCAGAAGAGGCCACGGAAUGGGAACAUUGUCCAUGGAAGGACUGCUCAUCUAGUGGCCUGUAUUACCUGUGCAAAAAUGUUAAAGAAGGGGCGAUCGCCUUGCCCAGUGUGCAAGAAACAGAUUCAGAUGGUGAUUAGGACUUUCAUAGCGUAGCUGUCACUUAAUGCAGGAAAAUCGGUGGCCAGUCAAUGGACAACUGCUGGAGGGUACUGUUAUAUUCUUAGAGACGAAUGUUAACUGUGAAUUUAAAAAAAUGAGAUUGUUUUCAUAAUGUAUACAUAACAGCCAAUGUUCUUAGCUAUAUAUACACAGGAAUAACUGCCCUGUUGUUUGCUUUGUGUCGAAAAGGCUUGUAUGUGACCUACUAGAUCGAAACAAGCUGUUUAUUCCAUUACUACUCAGUUGACUUGGCAACAAGUUGGAGUGCUCAGUUAUGUAGAAUAGUGGCAUUUCUGAAAUUUGAGAUUGAUUGCACAACUGCACCAAACCUUCUGGAAGACACCUUACUUAAUUUCAGAGAGGAUUAAGCUGCGUACUUUGCACACCCCUAAAUAGCAAAAGGCUAAAGAUGAUUUGGAAAGGGCAUCCAGAAUUUUGAAUUUGCCACCGUCCCAGAGUUUCAAAUGACUUACUAAGUUGAAGUUUUAUCGCAAACCCUUCUUUUUGCCCCCAGUAUUCCUAUAACAUAAAACAAAAAGGCAAAUAUAAUUUCUGAAUAUUAGCAGAGUUUUAGUCUGCAGUGUAGGAAAGAUUUCACAUUUUCCAUAUACUGUUGAAAAAGCUAUAAUGGUUAACUUGGGCCUUGUAGAAAAUCUGCCUAGAGAAUUCUCUCUGAGAAUUCACGGUUUUUCAGAAUCUUUGCCCUUGUAUUAGUUUAUAUACAAUUGUUUCCCACUGUAGAUUGCGCGCAUUCAUGUUGAAUAUUGUAUCUGAAUUUAUAAACUGUACUUUGAUGCAAGCUAUGGAUCUGUACUGCAGUCUAAAACCCAAUUCAGAUGUUAUUCUCCAUACGGCAUACUUUUGAUUUGGAUCAGGCUUUCCUCCAAUCCAUGCAGUAGGCAUUCCAGUGGAAUUAGGGUCAACAAUUGUUACCUUUUAGGACUGGAGCAGAAGCAGCUGUCCCUGUUUGAGUGUUGUGCCACUGAAACCCAUGAGUAGCUGUACUUUUAAUCCCUCAUUUCGUGUGGGUUUUACAUAGAUCCAUGUCUGAAUAGGAUUUAAAGAUACUGCUAAUCAACAGUCCUACUUGAUGAGAGUUACCUAUUGCAAACUUCAAGUCUCCAGAGCUUGCAGCUUUCUGGAAUAAUGUUUUCUAAUUGCACCUUAAUAUGUUGCAGAAUCAGACAAGUUAUCCUCUAAUUACAUAACACUCUGUGUGAUAAUUUGAAGGAAUUUGCUGUUGUUGAAUGUGGUGCUAUUCUUAAUUAUAGGGUAUUCUUUUCAAGCCUCAUUGCCCCAUAUCCUUUUAGUAGUAUGAGGAGAAUAUAAUAAGACAUUUAAAAUACCAUCACGUAGUCUUGUAUGUAAGCUAGACUUGACAGCCUUCUCAAACUCACGUGCACAACAUCCAGGGUAAUUCAAAUUGCUAUUCUGCUGUAAAUACUGCAUUUUUAGCCACCCAGAAAAAGGGUGCAUACAUUUAAUUUUUUAAAUGGAUUUUUUAAUGAUCUUUGGGGAGUGGCUGCUGAAGAAUCUGACCUUGCUGUUGAUCCUUCUUCAUCCUAAUUGGUCUCCUGCAAUGUAAUCCAGACCUUACUGUUGAGACUUCCUCUGCUUAAUUGGUCUCUAACUGUGUUCUUUUUUCCAGUGUGAAGCUUAGAUUUUGCGAUACGUUUUCUGCAGGUCAGGACUCAGCAGGAACAAAUGCUAGAAAGAUAAAUAGCCAUGUACAAAUUAGUAGUAGGGAUCUAGGAAUUGUUCGGGAUGUGCAGGUUGUAUAAUCUCCAUGCCUUGCCUAUUUUGUACUUUUUACUACCUGCUUCAGGGUCAUGUUAAGGGAGGCAAAUGAGGCAUCUUGCACUUUAGAACUCUUUAAUACAGUGGAAUAGAUCUGCGUCUUAGACUCCAUUUGAUUUGCUCUACUCACUGGGAUCACUGUAGGAUGCUUUCCAUUUGAUCCUGGACCACUUUUAAAAGUAGCUUUAUCAAUGGUUCCAUUCUUUCCCCAAAUGCUGCCUUAUGGAUGCAGCUGCUUUAUGGAUAUAGCGUCGUCCUUUUCCUAGGAUGUCAGCCAAACACAUUGCCCACCUGAGGGCUUGGCGAGAAGCAAUCUAAAACGAAGUUCUGGAGGGCAUAUGGUUCCAGUGGCCUCGAACUCCAGCUGGAGGAGGCAAUCCCUGUUCAAAUUGAACUGUAAGCCUUCCUAUGUAAAAAAUUUUUUAAACCUGGCCUACAAUUCCCUAUGCCACAUAGCUACACUUUAAGAGUAGGGAAACUGCUCAUUCUUACAUUGUUGAAAACGGCAGAGACUAGUCCAGGGCUGGCCAACCUAUGGUGUUCCAGAUGUUCAUGGACUACAAUUCCUAUCAGCCCCUGCCAAUUGGCCAUGGUGGCAGGGGCUGAUGGGAAUUGUAGUCCAUGAACAUCUGGAGUGCCAUAGGUUGGCCACCACUGGACUAGUACAUGCCACAUGCUGGCCUGUGACUAUUCCUGGUUUUAAUUAUAGGCCUUAAAGUUGCAAAGACAAAGAAAGGACUAGCUUUUGUUCAUGUAGAAUUGUUGUUUACCUCUCUGCAUCUGUAUUUGCUACAUAGUUCUAAACUUACUUUUGCAUGAGUUUAGAACUAGGAACCCUUACUGCCCAAUUAAUAUUUUGGUAGAUAGUUCCUAUUCUCUGCUACUUACCUUACUUGCUCAUCAUCUUUUUUAAAAAUGGAAAAUAACCAACCUAUACUUAUAUCAAACAUAAUUCAUGGACAAUACAGGAGGAAUCAUACUAAAACAGAACGAAACUUGGAGAUGAGUAGACAGAGCUUGUGACUAUAUUGCUCAAAAAUUUGAGUGGAAAAGACAAAUUGUGGCUCCUCAUCCUUAACGUUAAAGAAAUUGCUUGUAGUUGAUGAGCCAAUAAUGAUAGAAAGUUGAGAGAAUGCAGCAUUCCCCUGCAGUUGGGGCAGCAGAAUUGCUUGAAUGCAUAUUUUUCUGUUUUUCACAUAUAUUAAAAUUGCUUUAUGGUGCUAUUAUUCUUAUUAUUUUUGGCAUAUGUAUUUAAUGGUAGGCUAAAAGUGGCCUUGAACAUUGCUAAGUGUGAAGUGUGUUUUCAAGGUAUCAUGUAAAAGUAGUGGGAGGGGGUAUAUUUUUCCCCUUGAAAGGGAUUCAUGUGUUUUCCUUGUGCAUGAAGGGAAAGAGCAACUUGUGCUUCCCUCUGGUGUUGUCCUAUAAAAUAUGAUCUGACCCUGAGCUAUGUAUGUACUAAAUUUCCAUUUCUGAAGUGUGUGGUACUGUGCCUUAUGGAUCUGUUUUUCUCAGAAUCUAUGUAGUUUCAUUUGUGCAUCAGUUGCGUAAUGUUGAUGCACCUUGAUUAUUGGGUCAUAAUUAAGAGUCUUCGGAGUAGUUUUCGCAACAACUGGUAUCAGUUUGUUUUGGGUCUUAUAUGUUGAGCCUCACAGAUCUUAUGGCAAUAUAGCUUAGUAUUCCUCUGGAUCCUCUGAGCGGUUGUAUUCAUAAUGUGCUUUUUACAGAGUUGUCUACUGUUUAAACAGUAGACUUCUGAUGCAGCUUCAUUGCAAGUGGGAUAUAUUUUUAUUGGAAUCAUACUGUGAGUUGUAUAUCAGAUUUUUUUGAGCAUCAAAGUUAUAUAUUUUCCUACAACCCAAAACAAUUUUCAGAUGACCCUAGUCCAGUUAAGUAGGUCUGCAUCCAGAUCCUAGUGUUGAUAGCGACAUACAGCAGUUUGAAAACACAAGUGAUUCUACAGUCAACACUAGGGAAAACACUAGAUACAUUCACAGUAUUCAGUUUCUGUGUCAUAGUAACUAAAUUUAAAUUACAAAGUGUGCAUUUAUUAUAGUAUUGCAGGAACUAUCUUUAAUGCUAUUUGAGGCUGAUUCAUUUCUAAGCAGAAGAAUUUUUCAAGAAAGAUAAGUUAUUUUUUAUAACCAGUUAUUUAAAGCCUUACAAUAUAUAAUUUUAUAAAUAUAUGGAUGAUCAAGAAUAGUUAAAUAUGUGGAGGAAAGACUAGGUUAACCUGGCCUUGCCCCAUUUCCUGUCAAAUAGAUUUUAAUAUGUUAAAGUUCAGAACUGUCAUUCAUUUCCAUCGCUCAAAUCAAGCAAAUUUCUAGCUUGCAGUACUGAGGCUAAGAAGGAAAUAUAAAAUUGGGUUUCUUUAUAUCGUGUCGGAUAACCAGGAGGGUUGACUGCCUAGGUCUUUCUGAGUGGCAGCUGUAAGGGCUGAUAUAUUGAAAUAGAUGUUCAGGGAGAUGUGUCAUCAAAAGUCACUUUGGCACACAACAUUGUGGGUGGAAAGUAAUUUCUAACUCUUUACAUCAAAUAUCAGUCCAAAGUUAUACCUAGCACCUCUGAAGAUGCAGCUACUUGAAUAUAUAGCUUUAAGCACAAGACUUGCAAAUGAAUGGAGAGAACCUUUACCAACUUCAUAUCAGGUUAGUUAAAAGUGUCACUGACACUGUGCAUAUUAAACUUCAAUUUUGCUUUAGAUGUUUGUUGUUGGGAAUCUAACAAAUCAGACUCAAAUAAUGCAAUCCAGAUGUGGGGGGAUGGGGAGAACUCUGCUGCAGCUGGAGACAGUGCGGUAAAGGUGGUGCCAUGCCACCUCCAAAGGGGCAGCAGGUGGUGCAGAGAGGAGGAAAACCAAACAACUCUCCCAUCACCCAAACAACUCUACUGGGGAAACAGUCUAACUCCACACCAUUGUGUGGAGUAAUUUUGAGGCUACAGAGUGGGGCAUUCCCUGGCUAGAAGCCAACUAAAAUCGGCUCCACCCCCAGAAACACUUCCACCCGCCCCCCUCUCCAGCAUGCUUCUGGAUGCUCUCCUCACCAGCAUGGUUGCCCCUUACACAGGUGGGGUGGGCAAACAUUCUACAGCCCAUUCUGCGCACGUACCCCAUCUGGAUUGGGGCGUAAGGAUGGGAUAAAAUGUUAUAUUGAAUAUGCAGCUCUCAACUUUUGGUAUUGGUUCUGUAGCGUUUAUCUCUUGUUGUAUUAUGCUAUCACAUGGGAACUUUCCCCAUCUUUGCUUAGCUUUGUGGAAUGAUGUCAGUGAAGUGAAGAAACAUUGCUGUGCAUACCUAAACUUUACUGGGGUGGCAGGAAGAAACUGUUUCCAGCAGUAGCCCAUUGUUGGGCUAUUUGUCUAGUCCCCCCAAGCCAAACCAUGAAGCCCAUUUAAUUAAAAAAUUUUUUUUCAUUAGCUUAUGUAAUGAAAAGGAAUGGGCUCGGUAGAAUUGGGAGAGGGUGGGUGGGAAAUUAUCUUGCUUCUUCAAUGUCACUGUAAGCUGAAUUAGCCCUCUACUUUGUAAUUUUUCUGUGUUACAAUAAAAAAUGGAAGUGUGUGA